AUGUUGCGGACCCGGAAUAUUUGCAGAAGUAGUGUUAGCAAGAAGAGAGGCACAACUGACGGAGCCAAGACAACACAAGGACUAAGAGUAGGGUGGAAAGUAGUCCGCCACUCGGAGUGCAACGACUCUAGAUUUUGGGUCAGGGACGUCUCUCAUGAAGGACUCGCGGCCUCAAGGUCAACGGUGUCAAGACAGAAACGCGUUAAUUAG